AUGUCAUCCUCGAGACCCUCAUUUGAUGCCUUACCGUUGUACAAAGACGGACCCCAUGGUAACGCUUGGGGUAUGUUUGGCGAACAAGAUCAACUCGGGAUGCUGAACUUGUUGACACCUCAGAAUACUGCUGCAGCCGCCCGUGAGAUUAUCGAUGGCGUGCGCGUCUCAACGGACUGGGCUCUCAAUAGCAUGGCCACGCCCUGCUUUGGCCGGUCUGCCUUUGAGCAUGUCGUCAAAAACAAGUUUCCCCGUGCAGUCAACGAUGAUAUAUUGGUCUUCAACACCCAGAGUAGCUCUCAGUGGGAUGGCUUCCGGCACUACGGGUCCAAGCAAGGGGCAUUUUUCAACGGAUGCACUCAAGACGAUAUCCAAAACUCUACAAGAAAUGGGAUUCACGUUUGGGUUGAGAAUGGCGGGAUCGUUGGACGGGGUGUCCUCCUAGACUACGUGGCCUGGGCAGAGGCCAACAGCAAAACAGUGAAUUGUUUUGAAACCCAAUCCAUUCCAGUCGAGGUGCUUCGAGAGGUUGCGGCGAGUCAAAACACCACGUUUCGGCCGGGUGACAUCUUGUUCAUCCGCACUGGCUGGACUAAAGCGUACGAACAAUUAUCCCCAGAAGAAUGUCAGAAAUUGGCCGACUAUGCGGCACCACCAGUCAUUGGGGUCGAAUCCUCGGAGGCCAUGCUACGCUGGAUCUGGGAUCUGCAGUUGGCCGCGGUGGUGGGCGACAUGCCGAGCUUUGAAGCAUACCCUUGUCAGAAUACCGAUUGGUCCCUCCACGAAUGGUUGCUAGCAGGCUGGGGUAUUCCCAUUGGAGAGCUGUUUGAUCUUGAACGCCUGAGCCAGGAAUGUCGGAAAAGAAACCGCUGGACUUUUUUCUUUAGUAGCGUGCCUCUGAAGGUAAAGACGUCCCGUCCUGGCAUGGUAUUGGGUAACGCGGGUAUUUCGCGGCGGUCGGAAGACCGCUCCAGACGUUCAAUGGUAGCAUGCAAUCGGUGUCGGAAUAGAAAGACUCGCUGCGCUGGCAACCCCCCUCAGCCCUGUGCGGCUUGUGUGGAUGUGGGUAAGCAGUGUGUAUACACGGAGGCCGAAAAACGCGUCUCAAUAACCGAGAGCCAUUAUCGCCAACUACAAACGCAAAGCCCAGUGCCUCGAGAAAAUAGCCAUCCAACGCCCUCUAGUGAGCCACCAACGUCUGCUCGAUAUGCCGAAGGCGAGCUACCGCCUGCUUCCAGGGACGAUUGGUGGUACAAAGGGACUGAUAACCUCUUUUUGAACAGAUCUGGGGAGCGUCAUUUUGUGGGCGCUUCAUCUACAACUCAUUUGGCUAAAAGGUUGAACCCUGGAUCAACCAACUUUGCCUGGGAUGUCCGCCCGCUGUAUGAUGACCCGGGAUCGCUCAGGAGGCCCGUUGGCGGUGCUCUGCCCCAAUUACCACCAUUCGAAUUCGCAAAGCGACUAUUCUGGGUGCAGUACACUUAUAUCGGGACUAUCUUUUCACUGAUAAUCCCCUCUGAGUUUGAAGAGAGGCUUGAUCUGGUGUACAAUCACCCUCUCGACUUUUCAAAUCGCGAAUCAUGUUUGGUGUACUGUCAAGCUCUAUUGGUGAUUGCAUUCGGCCUCAUGUACAGUGUGAAUCAAUGGAACGGCGAUGACGGCCCGCCGGGCUUCAAAUAUUUCAAGCAUGCUCUACGCUUUUUGCCAGAUAUCCAUGAAGAGGGUUCUAUUUUCUUUGUUGAGGUCCUCUGCUAUGUAGCCUACUACAUGCAGAGUCUUAACCGAAGAGAUGCAGCCUUCCUCUAUGUCGGACUUGCUUUACGGAUGGCGAUUUCACUAGGUCUUCAUCAAGAGGUUUCGGAUCCCACGAUAAGCGAGGCAGACCGUAAUCGUCGACGUCGAACUUGGUGGUCUGUUUACAGUUUGGAUCGACUCUUAUCAGUGAAAUCCGGCAAUCCCAUUACAAUCCACGAUGGGGAUAUCGGGAUAACCUGGCCUGGAGCGGUAGACGGAUCGACUUUCGACCCAUGGCCGUCCACUGUGCUCACUCAUUACACCAAGCUGUCACGCAUUUUAGGACGGAUUGGUGAAGAAAUCUACAGGAAGAAACCGGGAUCCGGAUCCAACCUCAUUGCUUCGGUUCAAAGUAUCACGAAUGAUCUUUCCAGCUGGUUGAGACAAGUGCCGGAUCGCCUUCGUAUAGACUUUGCCGCCCUAGAGACCCAUAUCAAUCGCGAAAGUGUGUCCAUCAACCUACAUUUUUACUCCUGCGUGAACAUGACCGCGCGUCCAUUGGUCUUCUAUGUGAUUCAACGAAGACUUGAUGCAGAAGCACAAGGCUCUGUCACUCAAGACUGGAAGGAGGGACUUUCCCCCAACACAGUGGCUGUUAUCGACAGCUGUAUCACGGCAGCUCGAGCUACUACUAUGAUAAUGGAUGCAGCAGCCAAGCACAACCUCAUUGCUACUUAUGGCUACCUCGAUGGCGAAUAUAUCUUUUCCGCCGCAUUGCUUCUGGUGAUGGUCAACGCCGCAUUUCCCCCUAACGAAACCAGUGCGCGAGCCAUGGAUACUGCAUUGAACCUUCUCCGUGGGAUGGCAGAUCGUGGAAACAUGUACCUCGGGUCUCGUCAUACUCUUUUGUUGGAACUGAAGGCAGUCCUUGGAUCGAGGUCUAAUUGCAUGAAUGAAACCGUCCCCGGGAGCCCUGCGGGCCUCAAGCUUCCAGUUACGCCAGCGACCGAAGACGGCGCAACCGUAACUGAACGUUCUGCUCCCGAUGUUCAGUUGUCCAGUUGCUCAGCUAUCCCCAACGACUGGUCGCAGGAGCCAGACCUCCCCUCUUUCCAGGACAUUGCUUUCCAGUUCAACGUCAAUGAUGAUCCAGCUCUUUGGGAAGGGGCCUUGGAUCAAAUCGACAUUGAUAUGGAUACGGAUUGGAUCGAAAAUCUCUUAAAAAGAUAA